AUGAAGCAGCGUCCUAAGGAAAGUCAGCAAGCUAGUAAGGAAAGAGCAGAAAGAAGGACUUGUAAAUUCAGCUUAAGGAGCUCUUCCUCAAUAACUCUAGUGGGAAUCGUUCUCAGAGUCAAUUGCAUCGAACCUGGCAGAGAGCAGUUCACGAGGGUAGAAGGCCGAGACAUUUCCGCACUCAUUUCAGAUCAUAGAGGUCGGGCUUCAGUCGUCAAACCUUCUCCCGUCUUCCCUUCCACCGAUGAAACGACUCUUGCUCUUGUAAAGUACAAAGCAUUGGAAUUCAACCGUGGGCUUACAGGUAUAGAUAGCUUGGUUUUUGAUGAGAUCAAAGCCUGGCAUAUGAGCCAGCCUAUCUGCCCUUGCCUUAAUGAUGUGCAGAGAAAGUGGGGUCAGAGGGGGGAAAUAGCAUCCGACAGUCGGAAGGAUUUCACUCGUGGAAUAACCAAAUUCAGAUCUUCCGACGCGCUGCUUCAAUGGCUCGAUAUGAAAGACGACCUGCUCUACAACUUUGAGUUCCAUCAACGAAGAAUUUCUUUUGUGGAGCGCAUGAGGCCAGAUUCAGAGCAAAUCACUAAUGUCGAAACUCUCGCGGCAAAGCCUCGUGGUUGGGACUUCUUUCAAUUUACCGAGUUGAUUAAGGAGAAAUUGCUUUUUUCAGCCAGCUAA